GUUCCAACUGUUGAAGAAGGUGAGGAAUUAAUAUCGUUUCGAGAUAAUGGCGCUCACGAAUAUAAUUGUUAUGGCAUUUAUUGUCGCGUCAGUUAACGGCGGCUUCGUGUGGCAGAAUGAUGACAAUUUUGCGGGAAACAAUUUUAAGUUUCCAAAACUUCCUGCUUUCCCUCCCUUUCCUCAACUUAAGUUCCCUACGAUGCCACCAAUGACUAUUUUGACUCCUGACGACGUUGCUAAGAAGACUGGAUCAAACUACAAUGGUGUGGCAGUUACUUCGUUAAGUACUUCUACGGUGGACGAAAAAGGAAAUGUGAUUAGAAAUACUGGUGGUACCAUAGUAACUAAUACUGAUGGGGUUGUUAAGAAAAUAUCAUUCGGAGAACCUUCAAAUGUUGAGUUCGUAUCGGUAAGCAGUUCUAGUGGAUAAAGAAGCAUGCCAAAUCUGCAAACCUUAAUUACUAAGUUUAAAAAUAUAUAUUAUCUUAAAAAUUAAUAACUUUAACAAACAAAUAUACGUCUAAGUACUGUAAGAAAUGUGGCGUAAAUAGUAAAUAAUAUUUUUGAUCUUAAAUGUGGCUAAUCAAAA